CAAGUAUUUUCUGUUAUCUACGAAGUCUUUUUUACUUUUUUACGCUCGCAAAUGUCUGUUGGCCUUGCUGAGCUCCCAAGGGGAGGGGGUUGGAUUUUCCGGCCAUAUAGUGAGCGCCUCCCCAAAAUUGAAUUAGAUACGUAAACUCAACUACCAACUUCGCCCCACAGCGAUAAUGGAAGAUUUUAAAGGAGAAGUGGGGCCGCUUUCAUGGUAGUUAUCGCCUGAGGCUGCCUUUGUUUCUGUGGUCUUCUUCCAAUCUGGCAAUGUGUGCGGCUAUUCGUACGGAUGACGCAGGGUAGUGGUCGGUUUCAGCACCCUGAAGGGUAGAAUUGCUACUACAUGCAUGUCAAUAGAUACAAGUACACUCUAGUCAUAGAUGUUUAAUCCUGCUGUAGAUCCAAAAGCUCUGUUUAAUGAAGCAGUUAGGCGGACAGCUGAAUUAUGAAGAUGUUCGGAGUUCCAGUGAUUUAAAACUUUAAUUGUAUCAUGUGCUUUAUCAGGAUGGGUUGUAUCCAAAAUUAUUUUUAUGUAUUCAUAAUUUAGGCAUAAUCAGUGAUCAGUUAUAUCGUUUUUUUUGUCGAAGCUCUUUAUUUGAUUUUUUUUUCUCGAGUUGCCUGUUUUCUUUAUGAUUCAUCACAAAGGUCAAAGUUACCAAGCAACACAGGAAAGCUCAUUUUAGAUUGCUACCAUAGACAUUACUACCUUAUAAAUACCUUCCUAUAGAUACAAACUAUAAAGAAAAAUAAUUAUAGAUGAAUCUGAUAACAGAAUUCACAUCGUCUUUGUCCAUUCUAAGUAGCUCUUCAUCCCUAGGCUCUGAAAACGAGGACCCUAUCGAUGAUGACUGCAGUUCUCUCGCACUGAAGAUGGUUGCCAUAGUGACGCAUAGUGAAAAUCUUCGUAUGCGGACUUGGCUCAAGUGGAAAGAAGUUUUGAGCAGACAUGAGGAGAAAAGAAUGCGAUUAGAGUAUUUUGCUGGAGAGUAUUACCGUCGAAACAUCUGCUAUGUUCUCUUUCGUGCUUGGCAAUGGAAAUAUGGGCAUCGACAAACGAUGAGAGUAAAGGAGAAACAAACGUGCCUGCUUCGAAAGCAACGGUUUUUGCGGCUUAUUAUGAAAAGUUGGAGAGGGUUUGUAGUUAAACGCAAAAAUAUCAUGGCGCAUAUUGAGCAUCUCAACGCCUGUCGUAGAAUGGAACUCAUACAUUUCUAUUGGGUUAAGUGGAAUUGCUACACUUCUAGGUGUUCUCUUGCGAAAGGACUGAGGGCUGCAACCGACCAAAUUUCUUUAGAGGAACGAUGGGUUGAUUGGAGGAGAUUCGUUUGCAUUGCAAAGGAAAUGCGGCUUCGUUCAGAAGUGGUAAGGCUUUUUACAAUGAAGGCGUGGCUGAGCUCUAACUUAGAUAAUAAAAAGACUUUACGUCGUGGAUGUCGUCAGGUGUUGCGAGCUCCUGGUGUCUACGACGACUUAGCGCGGCGUUCUAUAUGGCUUCGGUGGCUUCAGACCACUUGCGUUCGUCGAGCAUGGCGACUUCGUCGAUAUACCGAGAACGUGCAGAAACUGCAAGCAACAUUCCAGAAGGAAUGGCGAGGGAUUGUUUGGCAACGAUGGUUAAUGCGAGCUACCAGUUCCAUGAUGAGCCGUCGUGUAAUGGGUUCGCACCUUCGAGUUUUUUUCUCGAAAUGGGUAACCUUUGCUCACCUGAAUACGAUAUCUGAUGUGUUCAACAGAAAGAACGUCCAAGUGCGUCAUAUGCGCCUUCACUUUUAUCAUUGGAACACUAGGGCAAGCUACUUAGUUCGAUGUAGGGAGGAAGAUGUUGCUGUGCAACGGUACUACAACUCCGUGAUCAUCAUUAACGCCCUGAAGAAGGUAUGGGCAAGGUGGCGUGGUCGAUGGGGGAGUCGAAUUGAGGGAGCUCGUCUAAAAGCUCUGGCGCAAUCCGCGCGAAGGCAAUUAUUGCAACAUCUCACACUUCGACGCAUUAUUGAAUCGGUCUUGUCAUCUGAUUCAACGACUCCUUUCAGAGAUCCGUCAGGUGCUAGAUCCGUAUCUUUCAACGAUACCAAUGUGCUGUCAGCGGUUUCACCUUGCUCUACUUCACGCAAUGCGUCAGAGAGGUGUGACCGCCCACAAAUUCCACUUAUCACCAGGAAUAAUCUGAAAAAACCGAUACCGCUCCGCCAUACUGAGAUCGGUAAUUGCGAGAAUUCUGAAAAGAAUUGCAGGCCAUCAAUUCCAGUUACAACAAUGGUAGACAAGGCUUCGAUAUCCGAAGAUCAUUGCCCAGAUACGACACGACGCCCCAGCAACAACGCGGAUGCGCCUACUCCUCUUUUAUCACGACAAUCUAUUUCAACGCAAACGUUUUGUGAGGCCUCAACUCAAACGGAAGAGCGUACGGAGCAUCGAAAUCGAACGCCUCGAGAUUCUCCCCAGGAGGAGGGAGCUACGGAUCUUCCUAUGCAAAAACCUAUUCUGACACCAAAGGCUACUCGUUUUCAAGAUGUAUCAGAUCCCCAUUAUCAUCAUUUGCCUUCCAAUUUCUUUCCGUCCACCCGUUCUCCUACUUCUGAAUCCGGCUUGGAGUUGAAUCUCUACAGCGAGGAAAUACAGCGUAAAGCAGGAGGAGGUUUUCAUAUUCAUCGCAGGAUGCGUAAUGAGGAGAAAUCUACUCAUCCAACUUUAACGCUUUCUCCUCGAGACUUCCACAGAAUGGACCCGCAACGCCACUUGUGUACAUGUUCGGGAGCUACUUCAGACAAAAUGGAAGAUUCAGCUUCUAUCGAGUGUGCUCAUUCUUUGCCAUCGAAUGCUGCCCCUCUAGAGCCAUACGAACCACGUUUCUUAAAGGUUUUGGGUAAAAUCGAUAUGAGUAAUUCCAUCCUAAAACAUUCUGACACUGCCUUAUCUCAUUCUAACGAUGCAAUAUUCGAUACGAACCCUUAUCGAGGACUUCCGCUUGAAGGCCUACCACAGUUCAUUGACUGGGCAAAGGCAAGUUACAACGAGCUCAUUAAAGAGGGUAAAAAAGUUGUUGAGGCAUAUCGUUCUGCGAAGCUCACGGCGAGCGCGGAGAUGCGGGAGUUGCAACUUUUGAAAAAGGAGAUUGCGUUCUUAGAGAACGAUUUCGGAAAGUAUUUUAAAGAUGCGCACGAGGUGUACACGGCAAUGGGGAAGUUGCGCACCGCGUAUGCGCGAUACGUCUGGCUUCAGCAGCGGAAAGUUCAACGGGAGCAGCUGCGUGCGCAAGUUCAGCAGCUCAUGCUGGCGUUGAGGAACAACUUUCAUGCUCAUGAUUCCUUUUCAUCCCCAAACGAUGUCAAUUCUUUGCUGACUAAUCUUUCUUCCGACUAA